UUCCAAUAAAUUUUCCUGCUCUUAGAAAAAAAAAAAAAAAUGGAGUAUGUAACCUUACCCACCUAAUAACAGGGAAGGUUUUUUUUUUUAGCGAGAAUUUGUUCUUCUUGUACUUUCAGUCUUUUCAGACAAGGUCUCACUAUGCAGUCCAGGUGGCACUCAAACUCUCAGAGACCCUCCCUCCGGCAUCUGCCCUCCAAGUUUGGUAUACAAGCCACACCUACCAUAGGGAGAAUUUGAAGAAAUAGUAAGGGCUUAAUACAUGUUUUCCGUAAUAUUUUACUUUAUUAUUUACUUAGCUGCAGUUCUUUGGUUCUGUGUUCUCUGAGCUUAGAGUGCCUUGGUUUACCCUCUUGGCAAACUCCUUCUCGUCCUUCAAACUCCUACUCAUCCAGGCCGUUCCCUUCUCCAAGAGGUCUUCCCUCCUGGGGCUUCCCUAGACACCCUUCACUCGACCAAGCCCUGUCCUGAUCUCCAUCAGGUUCUUUUUGUUUUUUGAGACAAAAGUUUGGCUAUAUAGUCCAGGUUCCUCUUCAGCUCAUUGUAUUGCCCAGGCUGAGCUAAAACUGAGGACUCUCCUGCCUCAGUCUCCCAGUUUUAGGAUGACAGAUGGGCAGGCCCCACCCUGCCAACUUGUGUGGAUGGAGAGGGUGGCUCCUGCCCACUUUCUUUGUCCCAGCCAGCGAGUCCCCAGGACACCCUGUUCCCAUCCCUCCAUCUGUCCCAGCCCUGACGCCGUGAUGCAGGGGGCAGCUGGGUCCAGCGCUGUCCUCCCAGGCUGCGGGCUCCUCGGGAGCGGGGCUAAACCCACGAAGCAAUCUCCUCAAAAGCAGAAGACCCAGCACCCCACCGCCGGGCCAGCGGGGACCCCGUGGCCCUGAGAAUGAUACGAUCAGUAUGUGCGUGGACGCAGACCCCCGGGCCAUCCCGUCCUGCCCCUGAGACCCGGGUCCGUCCUUCCUCGCACCAGGUCUGGCCCCGCUCUUGUCUGGUGUGUACGGCCCGUGUGGUCCCCCACCCUGCUGGGCGACAUCGGAUUGCUGUGGACACAUGCGAGCAGGCAUCGCGGUCUUCGGGUGCUGCCCGAAACCUGGGUAAAAAUAACCGCUUCCCCUGUCCCUGCCCCUUGCGAGGAGGCGGCGGUGACAGCCCGCGAAGACAGGGACGCGCCCGCAGGAGCAUCCGGCAGGGCCCGGGUUGCCAUGGCGACGCUGACUCAGCCGCACAGGCAGCGCUGACCUGGACCACGCCCCACGGGGUCCUGUACCUCCCAGCCCCGGCGUCCCUGCUCUGCAGCUCAGCGCGCCCACACUGCCAGGGUGCCGGGGCACACUGGCACUCUUCUGGCCAGAGCAAGUGGAGUCUGCGGCAGGGCAAGGACUGCGUGGAAGCUCAUGCCUCAGCCGCCUACCGCACAGAAGCUGCUGCAAGGCUGCGUCAGGUCAGACCCAGGCCACCAGGAAAAUGAGCUGCGAGACUGGGUGUGCUGUGCACGCUAUGGUCCCUGCACUCUGGGAGGCUGCGGCAGGAGGAUCUCGAGUUGGAACCCAGACCCCCUGGGGCUGCCACCGCACACGGGCCUGCCUCCUCCUCCACCCCAUUUCCUGUCCCUCAUGCACUCCUCUAUUGCCACAGGGCCUUCGCAUGGCUGUUUGUCUGGGAAGUUCUGCAGUCCCCCCAUCACAAGUGUCAGCCCACUUCCCUGAGAACUUUUGUUUUUUGUUGGUACUGGGAAUUGAACUCAGGACCUUGUGCUUCCCAGGCAGGCACUUGUGCCACUGAGCUGUAUCCCCAGUCCUCCUGACCACCUCUUGCCCUGUCACAUGCCCACCCUGACCCUUUCUUCUUGACUUGGGGCCCCCUUAGUGCUGGGACAGGGUGGGCGGCCCCAGUCCCCCUGGCCAGGCCAAGCCGCCUGCGCUUCCUGCCGCGGACCCCAGGCCGACUCACCAUCCCUGUAUGGCCGUGGCGGGGGACACGGCGGAUGCAUGCUGCCGGGGCAGGAGGUGCCCAGCUGGGGCCAGGGUCUAGCCGUGGGAGGGGACAGGAGUGGGGAAGAGCUGCUUCCACAUCCCUGCCCCCGCAGGAGGGCAACGGGACAGCUGGGUCACUGCACCUAGAGCACCAGCCUCACCGCCAUGAGGACUUGGUGACAAGCCCUGGGGCCCUACAGGAGGCUGCAUCAGGGGACAGGGUGGCCGGGCCCCACAGAGCCGUGGGCUGCACAGCCCUGGAGGCGGAGUCAGGAGCAGGCGAUGACUUCUGGUUUCUCUCUGGUGUGGCAGCUGACUUCCUGAAACCAGCCAGGCUUGAGAGCACGAAAGCUUCUGGAAGCCAUCGCACCCGGUGCACACAGUGGGGUGGGAGGGCGCGUGAGUGCCGGUGGGCACACGCCAAGGGCAGGCUGGGGCUCCGAGAAGCAGGAUGACAUGAGCAGGCGCGGGUCAGGAGCUGCACAGCAGGGACCAGGGCAAGCUGGCCACCGCAGAGCUGCCCCUUGCAGGACACCGGGGGCAGGGGCACCACUGGCUUGGCCUCCCCAAAC